AUGCCGCCAGCCAACCGACUCACGUUCCUAUACCCCCGCCUAGCGCGGGCGCUCCGGGAAGCCGAGCCUCUCACGCGCACAAGACCCUCCCUCGUCAGCCAACCCGCCGCGAACCGACGCCACACGACCAACACCCGAAGGCACGGUAAAGCCGUGCAGUUCAAGUCCGCCAAGGACGCCGAGGCCAACCAGGCCAAAGAAACUACUACCGCCGCCGCCGCCCCUCCGCCGCCGCCGCUGCCGAGCCCCCACCGCCGAGCAAGAACCCUCCACCGAAGACCCACCAGCAAAGGGGUCCUCGCACGCCCACCCCCGCUGCCGUUUUCCCACUUCUUCGACAGCUACGCCAUGGUGAACCGCCUCGUCGAGGCCGGCUACGCGCGCCCGCAGUCCGUCACCAUGAUGAAGGCCAUGCGCGAGCUCUUGCGGGACAAGAUGACGGCCGCCCAGGAGGACCUGGUCAGCAAGAGCGACGUUGAUAAUGUAAAUCGAGCUUUCCCCCUCUUCCCUCCUCUCAAGUCGUUCUCACGACGAGGCAACGAGCUAACCCUCUAUUUCCUAAAUGCACAGGAGACAUAUCUAUUCAAGGCCGCCUGCUCGGAACUCAGCACAGAAGUCAAGAAUAACCGCCGCGCCGCCGACGAGGUCAUGCGCGAGCAGCGUAUGCGCCUCCAACACGAGGUCGACGUGAUAUGGCAGACCCUCAACCACGAACUACUCACCCUCAAAGACACCGUCCGCGGUCUCUUCGACGACCGUAAAAUGGCCGUCCGCGAGGAGCAAAGGCCAACGCUGGCUCCCGACAUGAAAUCCGACAUCGAGGGCCUCCGCUGGAUCCUCAUCCGCCGCUCCGCCCUCGGCAUCGCCUUCAUGGCCGUCGUCAGCCUCGCCACCCUCCGCUACGCCGCCUACGUCAAGCAGCAGCGCAAGGAGGAGGCCGAAAAGUCCAGGCGCCAGGAAGAGGAGCGCAGAAAAAUGUUUGCCGGCGCCGGCGAGGUCCGCGGCCCCGUGACGGACCCCGACGAGAUCCUCGCGACUGCCUGA